CCUAUCUAACCCUUUUUUAAUGUUGUGUUGAUGUCACAUAGGACAACAGUAUUAAAGUCUUGUUUUUUUCAGUAGUUUUUUUUUUUUUUUUUACCUAUAUAUAUUUUUCUCAACUUAAUUCACAGCGCAAAUGUCCGUUAUAACGAGUGGAAUUUCAGCCACGCCAAAGCUCAAGCAGUUCUUGGAGGAGGCGCAGCAGGGCCAGCACAAACAAGUCGCACUUCUCCGCGUGCAAAUCCGCGGCGAAGACCUUGUCGAAACAGCAAGACUAAACGGACCCUCCACCGGCGACCUCUCGCAAUUGGAGCAGUAUCUAGGAAACGAUCCAGCCUUCUUUUUGCUCCGCGCCAGUGUCUCCUCAUGGUACGUUAUUACGUGGAUGCCUGAGGGCAAGGUCGGCGUCAGUAAUCGCAUGGUUUAUGCGUCCUCGCAGUCGAAUCUCAAGCAGGCGGUUGGCGUUGACUUUGUCGCCGACGCACUGCAGUUUGAGACCGUUGAUGAGGUGUUUGGGAGAGACAAUGACGCUGUCGAGGCGCCCGAGCCACCGCGGGAGGCCGCUCCCCUGGGGAGGCCCGCUCCGCCCAAGCCGGCGGCUUUCCUUAAGCCCGCCCUGCGCACACCGCCGCCGCCAACGCAGGAAGACGUUUCGGUUUUGGCUGUAGGUUCAGCGGAGAACUUGUCAGAACAACAGCAGCAACAGCAACAGCAACAGCAACAGCAGCAGGCUCAGCGCCCGGUCAUUCAGAAGGCUGCGCCGCCGCCCGUUGUCGCUCCCAAGCCGCUGGUCCAGAGCCAGUCCUUUGGCCAGAAGAGCGGCGUCUUUGUCAAAAAGAUUGACCCCCGCACGGCAAUGUCAAAGUCUGAGCUCGUGCACGUCGACCUUUUGCAGCAGGAAGACGACGCGCGCAGCGAGCAGCUGGAGCAAAUGUGCACCCGGCUGCGCAACCACACUGAGGCAUCCAAGCCCGAGGUCAGCCCAGACAACCAUCACGCGAACAGCCGCGGCCAGAAGCAAACCGUAGCAGCAGCGUCCGGCGGCUUCCACACAGUGACCCUGCCACUGUCCCCUGAAGCGAAAUCGACGCUGAGCGACUUUGGCUCCAACGUCGGCACAACCGUCGUCGAGCUGCAGGUUGAGGCCAACAAGUGCAUUUCGCACGUCCACUCGUAUGCGUCCACCGAGGAGUUCUCGCCUAACCCCAGCGAGCCGCGCUUCUACAUUAUGCGGACGCCCGGGAGCCGCGUCUUUGUGUACUCCUGCCCGGAAACGUCGCCGCCGCGCCUGCGUAUGGUGUACUCGACGGCGAGCGCCGCCACCCUGGCCCAGAUCCAGGAGCUGGGCUGCAGGAUCACCCACCGCUUGUCCCUUUUUGCCUCCAAGGAAUGCACGCUAAUUGCCGUUGCCGCGACCAUUCGCAACGGCCAGGCGCAGCGCGUGGACACGGACAAGUCCGUUGAUCUCGUCGUCAACUACCUGCCGAGCACGCCCGCCCGGUCCUUGCCCUCGAGAUUUGCUGCCAACACGACAAAGGUCCUGGACGCCUUCACGGAUGAGGACGGGUUCCGCAAGGCCUUCACCGGUGUGCGCCCGGAUGCGCCCGCGCCCGCACCGUUUGCCAACAAGGCAUCCAAGCCGGUGCUUUCCCCCGCAUCGUCGUUUAUGCGCACUCAGUCGCCCCAGGUUAAUAACGACGAUGGUGUCGACACUAGUCCUAAUACGGGCGCCGCCGCCUGGGGUGUUCAGCUCAAGUCUGGCCCCAAGGGCGUUGCCGUGCCGCGCGUGUCCUUCUCUAACCCUAGCUUGUCACAAACACCCGCUGUCUCUGGCUCUAUUACGACUACCACGACCACGACAUAUACGACAUCUUUUGCCAGCAGCAGCAGUUUGGUCAACAGGGCUGAUGUCCCUAGGAGCGAUAGCUUUGGCUCAUCGAAGAGCUUUGUCCAGUUCCGUUUGGCUGGCGAAACAGGGGACGAAACGCCCUUGUCAGGGAACAUCACCAGCACGAGCACGAGCACAAGCACAAGCAAUAGCAAAGCAGCAACGCCUGAAAUAAUGCAUUCGUCGAUUCCAGGACUCCGGCGUGUGACAAACGCCGGACUUACCGACAAUACCGACAAUAAGACCAAGCCUAAUGGUGCCACAAGCACCACCACCGGUGGCAGUUGGGAUCCAUGGCGUUCAGUUAGCACAGUGACUAGUUUUAAAUCGGGGUCGCCAAUGCAGCAGCAGCAACAGCAACAACAGAGUGUGCCAGAGUCAGCUUUGCAGAGCUCGGUGUUUGUCAGAAACGACGAUACUGAUUCGAGCUCGAUUUUGGCAUUCAUGAGCGAUAUCACCUACCCUCCUCUGCAAAGCAACACACGUCAAUGAGAAAUAAUAUAUUUGCAUUGUAUUUUCGUAAUACAAAUUGCUCCCCUCCUCCUGAUAUGCAAGAGAGAGAUAGUGGAGGGAGUUUGGGUAGAUUUUUGAGGUGAAGGGGGGAGGCUGACUGAUUGUUUUUCUUUCUUUUUACUUUAUUUUUCCUUUGGCUAAUGUACUAGAGUUUUCGUCAUGAAUGACAGAGGCGCAUACAGCCACCAUUUGUUAUUUGUUAUUUUAUACACUUUAUCUAUCAUAUUCAUCAGUUUAUUCAUUUAUUUUUAUUGAAAAAGUAUAAAUGAUCAUUUGAGAUUUAUUUGUUAUGCAAAUGGGCAUUGAAAUACACUAAGAACA